AUGUCAUUCGUCAAUGUCGAUCUGCUUGCGCUGGCCAGAGACGCCGCCUACUUCAGCGCCCUCUCCGCAACGAAUAUGACCGCCCCAAGCAUCUCCCUCCUCAGCUACAGUCCAGAAUUCCAAACCGUGCUGGGAGCAAACGUCACAGCUCGAAAGAUCGCGGACCUCCCCUGGGAGGCAUUCCACGAAGCCGGGGUCUAUAAUAAGAAAGACAACUCGCUGUACGUGACGUCCAAUUACCAGAGCCUGCAGGACAACAUCAACAUCACCGUCGUCUCCCUCGACGACUACUCCGUCUCCAGCACGCAGUUUCCCAACCUGGCCGAAGCGAACGGGGGAACGUCCUACUACCCCCCUGGCUCCGACCCGACGCGCACGCCGCCCCAGCAGGUGUACUGCGACGAGGGGGAUUUCGAGUCCUACGCCAAGCUCGUCGCCGUGGACCCCAACACCAACACCUCGGAGGUCCUCCUGACGGGCUUCAUGGGCCGCAACUUCUCCUCCCCGAACGACGUGCGCCAGCAUCCCGUCACGGGAGACCUGUGGUUCACAGACGCCGACUACGGCUACACGCAGAACUUCCGGCCCGAGCCGACGCUGCCCAAGCACGUCUAUCGCUUCGAGCCCGGCACGGGCGUCGUCCAGGUCGUGGCGGACGGCUUCGUGCAGCCUAACGGGCUGGAGUUCUCGCCGGACCUGGAGACGCUGUAUGUCAGCGAUACCGGGGCCCAGAUGUUCACGUUCAAUGGGACGAGACCGGCGGCCAUUUACGCGUUCGAUGUUGUAGGCCGGAAGACGCUGAGGAAUAGGAGGACUUUUGCGUUUGCUGACAAGGGAUUUCCGGAUGGCAUUCACUGCGAUACCGAAGGAAAUGUCUGGUCUGCGUGUGGAGAUGGUGUGCAUGUUUGGAACCCAGCCGGGAUCUUACUCGGCAAAAUAUUUAUAGGCGAGACGAGCAACAAUUUCGCCUUCGCGCCAGGAAAGAUCCUGGUCUUCUCCAACCACCGGCUCUGGGUUGUUGAAAACAUUCAGGCGCAGGGCAGGGAGGUGUGCAAGGACUUCGGAGUGGGGUGCGCCCCGAACGUCACACACUCUUGGAAUCCAUAG